AUGGUGGCAAUGGAUUCACACUGCAUCUUAUCGAUCGUGGAGGGAGGGCUGCACCACUACCAGGGCCCGCACGGUGGGGGUGGCGGUGGUGGUGGUGGUCGGAGACCCGGCACUGGUAUUAGUGAGUGCACCGAAACUCACAGUCCGAUUCACAUGCAGUUACAGGACUCGGACCUGUGGAAGGAGUUUCACCGCAAGACCAAUGAGAUGAUUGUCACCAAAAGCGGACGUCGUAUGUUUCCCGUAAUAAAGCUAAACGUGGAGGGCCUGGAGCCGCGGGCCAUGUACUCCGUAGCCAUAGAGUUCGUACAGAUCGGUGCCCACCGUUGGAAGUAUAUGAACGGCGAUUGGGUGGCCGGCGGUAAGUCGGAGCCGGCGCCCCAACAGUCGCAGUCGCUGUACAUACACCCGGAGUCCCCCAACUUUGGCGCCCAU